AUGUGUGCCAGAAGGCUCAAUUACGCUGGAGGUGAUAAUCUACCGUUGUAUGCUACACCUGAAGAAGCAAUGAAAGCCGGUCAAAGGGCGGACGAUGAGGAGCGUAGAAGACGUGCUAGAAAAUAUGAAUACCUACCGCCUGUUCACAAUUCAAGACAAAGUUCUGCUCCGGUAAUAACACCCACAAUGCAGCGCCCCAUGGCCAACGCUCCAUAUAACGGGAUUCCCGCAACUCAAUCAAUGCCACAAAUACCGCCAGUCCGAUAUAACGCAGCCCCACAACCGUAUCCUCAACAAAAUGUGUCGAACGGUGGUCGUUAUCAACCAAUUCCCCCGUCAGUGAACCGCGUUCCUCGGACGAGACCAAUACCUAACGUAGCGCAGAGACGCAAAACACCACCACCUCCUUCUCCACCUCUGGCAGAUCCACCACGUCCCAGAGCUUCACUGGAUGGUGGAGACCAACGGGAUGCGGUAGAUUCACAAAUUGCAACACAACUGUUCCACAACCAUGACGUCAAGCAGCGAGGACGGUUGACUGCCGAAGAGCUUCAAAACCUAUUACAAAACGACGAUAACACGCAUUUCUGCAUUUCUUCCGUCGACGCACUCAUCAAUCUAUUUGGGGCCUCGAGGUUUGGUACCGUCAACCAUGCGGAAUUCGUCUCUCUUUACAAGCGGGUCAAGAAAUGGAGGAAAGUAUAUGUGGACAACGACAUCAAUGGCAGCUUCACAAUCUCUGCUAGCGAGUUCCAUAACAGUCUGCAAGAGCUGGGAUACCUCGUACCGUUCGACGUCAGCGAAAAUCUUUUUGAUCAGUACGCAGAGUUCAUUGACCCAGCCAAAAACGGUAAAGAACUCAAGUUCGAUCGUUUCGUAGAGGCUCUUGUUUGGCUUAUGCGCCUCACCAAGAUGUUUCGAAAGUUUGAUACUAAUCAAGAAGGCAUCGCUACUGUGCCGUACAAGGACUUUAUCGAUUCUACACUGUAUUUGGGACGAUUUCUGCCGCAUUGA